AUGCGCCACAUCUUCCAGAAGAAGAGCCUCACGCGCAUCGACCUCAUCGAUGCCCAAUCUAAGAGGCCGAUGUAUACGCUACAGACAUAUAACAUUUUGUUCGGGUGCAGAGCUGUACUAUCCAGGUGUUCACAAAACAACGACGGAGACGAAGAUAAUGACGAGGUUGAUGAAACGACCAUCCGCGAUAUCUCGUCCAACAGGAUCGUCGUUGGCAACGUGAAACAUGUGGCGAAGGAAUGGCUACAUCAGGACGGAUCGAAAUGGACCUUUACAGCCGUCAGUGGCGCCCACUAUAUAUGGUCAUCAGCAGAAGACGACUUGCUCUUGCAAGGACCGGGUGGCUUAUCCGAGCUUGCUCGUCUUCAUACAGACAAAAUUGACUCGGUCAACGCGUACCUCGAUUUCAGCCUACCGAGACAGGACGAGGACGAGGUGCUCAUGAGCUGCGUCUACCUGCGUCUCCGCGAUGCCAAACUCGCAGACUCAGUCGAUGGAAGAACAUUGAUAAACGCGAUCUUGGUGGCGGGACCCCACAAAGGAAACGAUCUCAGUGCACGACCGUGA